UCGAUCCAGAGAACGAGUCGCGACGGGAGGAAGUCACAGGCGGCCCAGGCCUUGUAGAGACAGCGUCAAGUCCACGCAGGAUAAACGACUGCACAGGUGGAUCCCGGACUUACCAAUCGGGACUUUUCGCCCGAUCAGACGUUUAACCUAUUAAGGGUGAAACGCCCGAUGGGGAGGUGAAGUUUCUGCUGGCAGUGCUGAUAUCUUUCGAUUGGAUUGGCUGAUGCGCUGUGGGAAAAUGCUUGAAGCCAAUAAGAGGAUACCGAUAUUGCCACAAAUCCUGGCAAUUACAAACGUUCGAUUUCAAUGACUUAAACCUGUCGAUUUGCGCCAGUAAACACGCUUGAUAUAGGCCAUAAACAAGCAACAAGUUGGAUUCACCAACCGAAUUGUCAGUGACAAAAGAGGCUAGGGUUUUGACACUUCGAAGAGCGAGCCUUGCUGGAGUUGUCACAUUAUCUCAAGUUUGGUAAUAUCUGCAUCCAUAUCGGGAUGUACAUCCAACCUGUGCAUGAGAUGUGCAUCAAAUUAAGCCAAUGGUCACUACAUGUUACAGUAGUCCUGGCUUCUUGAUUACUCGUACUUGAUCGAUCGAAUGCGUGUCCGAAAAUUGUUCACACGUCAUUAGGCUCUAGGAUUAUGUGUACUUGUACUUGUCCAACUUCUCUGUGUAGCUGCUUCAAACACACCUCGGCUCCAGAGGCAAUUGAACACAGCGGUUAGCAAAGGCGAGUGAAAAAAUUAUCACUUUGUAGUAAGAAUGGAAUUCGACGUGGAAGCCUCGAUGGCCACAGUACGAGACGACGUUGACCACGAGGUGCUUGUGUUACGAAUCGUUUACAUCAUCGUCACCAAGUACUCCUGGAUCAUCAUCGCUAUUGUAGGACUAUUUGGAAAUGUUAUGUCUAUCAUCAUUACUCUACAAAAGAAGAACAGGCACAUUUCCACCUGUAACUACAUGACUGCACUUGCUUUGGCCGAUACCAUGGUCCUCAUUGAACUCAUCUGGGCGAUGAUUCUCAUGUUCUGGACCACCGAUCCUCUGUCUGAGUUCGCCAUGCAGACAAUGUGGUAUCAAUCCUAUUCGUUCGGUAUUCUAUCGGGCUUCUACCUCGCAGAAAUGACAAUUGAUAGAUUAAUUGCAGUGAAAUUCCCAAUGGCUGCAAGAAGACUCUGUACAACCCGUCGGGCUUUUGUCACCAUAGUCGUGACUUUUAUUGUAAUUGGCGGCUUGAAUCUCUACAUUUAUUUUACCUAUCGUUAUGUACAGGAUAACGAGACAGAUGAAGGUGUUUUUCGGAUGUCAGUACCUCACGCCCCCGAAUUAGAAACACUCGGAAAUGCAUCACAGUUGGCAUUUGGGACGAUUCUUCCUUUUUGUGUUAUUGUGUUUUGCAAUGUGUGGAUAAUAGUCGUUGUUCGGAACGCGUCUCAUGAAAGAGACCUUAUGGGUGUCGGUGACCGAGGACAGAAAACCCGAGAGAAGGAAACGACAUACCUCAUCCGAAUGUUGAUUCUUGUUAGUAUAGCUUAUGUGUUGACGUCCAUUCCAUACAGGUUGUACGAUACGUUGAUUGGGAUACCUGUGAUAAGAGUUCACUACAAUUUAAGUGAGGAGUAUUGGUUCUUAAGAUUUAAUAGCCAGGAUUUCAUUAUGUUGCAGUUCUGGGAGAUCAAUUAUGGAAUCAAUUUUUAUCUUUACUGUAUUGGGGGUGGUAAGAAAUACAGAAGUGAUGUUAAGCAACGAUUUAGACAGAUCAUUACAUGCUGUAAAAUGUAA